AUUUUUUCUCCCACUACUGCUUCCGAGCUCCAGUAGACACGGUUGUCGGCAGGCUAAUAUUACAGCAACAAAGCGAACGGGAUGCAGGGUAGGCAAACCGACUGACAAUCGCAUGAGUGAGGAUACCAGGGAGGCUUUUUUAACGGUAUUUCUCCGGUAUAGGCUGUAGAGCCUACAUGUUUUAUAACAGACAAAAAUAGAAGACAAAAGGACAAACGGGUCAUAUUUUGCUGGCUCGAAAAGUAGACUCGCUUUCAGUCUGCAACAAUGGAAUUAAGUUUUAUAUUGCCUGCUAUUCUUUUCACGCUGCUCGCUAUUAUUCUGGUGACAGCAUUGUUCAGCACCAACGAUACUUCUACUGUCUUGUCCUCUGGCUCUGCUGCAUCCAAAGCGGAUCACUCAGGGGAGGGAUCUUUGGCGCAGUCCGGGAGAGAGGAUGUGAAAACGGGAUUAGCUAAAUCAGGACCGUCGGUAAAUCUUACGGAGAAACGGGGGACAGCAGCAGGGCUAACCUUAACGGACAAAUCGGAGGAGGACAGUGAAUGUCGAUCUGUCGGAAAAAUAAUGGAUCCGAUGGCAGCGGACAGAAGGACAGUUGAGGAGGAGGGGCUGCCCGCUGCAGAAGUUAGGACCCAUGCUGCUCACGAGAAAAAGGUGAAAUCUGGCAUUAUGUCUGGCCAACGGUACUCGACCUCAAACCCUGCCUCAGCGCCAGUGGAUAUUCCAGGUAGAGAUUUUGGUCACCUACAGUUCCCUGGGGGGGGGUCGUUACUGUGCCCUUUCUCCUACCGACAGACAGGGGGUGCCACAGAGAGCCCAGAGUACAGCAACGAUAUGGAGGUAGUGGAAGUGCCCCUGAAAUACGUCCCUGGCAUGCUGCGGACCAGCCAUAUGGAGAAGAUGAUGACCAAAGAGGAGCUGGAGGAGGAACAGAGGGUGCAACGGGAGCAGCUGGCAGCCAUCUUCCAGCUGCUGAAGGAGAACCAGGAGACGUUUGGGGAGGUGUCAGAGGGAGACGUGGAGGAGCAGCUCAGACUCUACUCCAUCUGAUACUCUACUCACACCCUACUACAACUGACUACAACAUCUGAACCCCUACUCUACUCACAUCCUACUUCAACUGACUACAGCAUCUGAAACUCUACUCACACGCUACUCAACUGACUACAGCAUCUGAAGCCCUACUCUAUUCACACCCUACUAGUUUUCUGUACUAAUUCUAACUCUACUUUCCCAAACUCUACUCUGUUAAUCCCACAUGAAACUGACAAUCAAGAUUAAGGGGGCAUUGUUUCAAUGGUCCACUCUAUUUUGAACCGCAUACCCUUCUCUGAAGACUCUGAGGCAUUGAAAUAACCAAUAAGGUUUUGGAUGGUUGGACCUGAGUCAUUUGAUUGGUCUGAUACAAUCUAAGACAUUGGUAUUCAAAGUCGGGGUCGCCAACAUGAUUUAGUUUUUUGUAUAGUUUUU